AUGGGACGUAUUUUGAAAAAGAAGACAAUGUUCAAAUUGUUUCAUUUGAUAGUAGCAACUGUUGUUCUUGUGUGUCACGGAAACGGCAUAUCUGCAAUGGACAGUUUUCUACAUGCUCAGCUAAGUACAGGCAACCAAAUUUUCGCAGGAAAACUUGCACACGAACUGCUCUCUCAAAAACCAGAUGAAAGCUUCAUUGUAUCUAGUCUGUCUGCGUUGCUACCUUUUGCACAACUUGCUGUAUUUUCCAAAGGACUGGUUUUAGAAGAGCUGCUUAAGCUCCUGAAUGUUCAGAAUAAAGACCAGAUAACAGGUGCAUUACCUCUAAUAGUUGCUGAACUUAAACGUCCAAAAAAUGUAACAAUGACUAUAGCUACUAAGUUUUACGCAAACAUAGGCAGUCCACUGAGUCAAAACUUUAUAAGUGACUCAAAAACAUAUUUCGAUGCCGAUGGGGAAACUCUUGACUUCAGCAAAAAUGACUUGGCCGCUGACAAUAUAAAUAAAUGGGUAGCAAAGAAGACUGAUGAUAUGAUAACAAACAUCGUGACUCCGAAGAUGUUCAACUCAAAUACCCGUCUCGUCCUGGCUAACGCUAUAAGCUUAGCGGCUGAUUGGUUAUAUCCGUUUAGCGUACAUUCAACGUUUGAAACGCAUUUUACAAAAGUCAAUGGGGAUCAAGUCACAGUGAAAAUGAUGUACCAAACGAAUGAUUUUAACUACUAUGCACAUACAGACUUCCAGGUCCUGGAAAUGUUCUACGUAGGAAAUGAUAUUAGUUUUUUAACUAUUCUACCAAAUGACGCAAAUAACUUGUUGAAUAUUGCAAAAAGUCUGAGUGACCCAGAUUUUGUUAUUUACGUGAUGGAAAACCUUUCUCCUACCGAAAUUGAAGUCAGAAUACCAAAAUUCGAACUAACAAGCCGAAUAGACUUAAAGGAUGUACUAAAGAAGAACGGCGUCACCGCUGUAUUUCAAUCGGGUACGACAGGACUUGAAGAUAUUUUAGAAAACAAACAGUCUAUUUACGUUACUGACGCGCUACAGGUAGCUCGUAUUAUUGUUGAUGAAGUGCACACUGAAGCAGCUGCUGCCACAGUUGUGGUAGCUGGUUUGAAGAUGUCUCAACAUAAAAAUAUGCUCUCCUUCAAUGCGAAUCGGCCGUUUGUGUUCUCCAUACUCAAUCGUAGGAAACAAGUCAUGUUGUUUAACGGAUUCUAUAAUGGUCCACAGUAA